AUGCACCAUCACCAAACGAUCAUUGACCAUCAAACUGUGUCGUGUCCCGUGUCGUACACAUCACUGUCGCUCGUUUUUGACGCCUACCUUCCAGCCGCUUUAGUGAUUGCUGUUCUGGUAGCGCAUAGUUGGCCAAAAUCACUCACUUCCUCGACCUCAUUCUUUUCCAGGGUCUUUGCUUCCUUUGUUACCCCUGAAGAUGUUCACGAGUACGAUCGCGAACAAGCCAAAGUACGUCAACACGACAGUCGCGUGCCUUCUUCCGCUACUGAGCCCGCCAUCAGCUCAGCUGGCCUAGCUGCAAAGGCGUAUGGCUCCGCAGCACAAUUCACCCGCACACGCGAAGAGCUCCAACACAAUGUCGAACACACAGAGACGUCACCUCUCCUCGGCGUCCGAGCGCCGUCACCAGACACCGGCGUCUUGUCCGACGCUGAAUCACCCAAGCAGCCUACGAUGGUCCGACUCGGCCUCUUCAUCAUCAAUCUUUCCCAUCUGCUUGCUUGGACCGCUGCAAUCGUCGUAUGCCUUCUCAGCAGCCAUGUUGCUGACCACAUCGGCUCAGAGGCCGGCUUCCAGACUGCCAGUGGUUUGCAGCUAGCCGCCACGCUUCAGACUUUUGGCUGGACGUAUGCAACCGCCUCGUCCUUCUUUUUCCCUUCCCCGACCCCACCCUACCCGCUGCUCGUUUUCUACGUACUCCAAAUUGCUGGCUCGAGCGUGAUUGGAUACCACUCGCUCCUCAGCGUUCCGCACCCUUCACUCAGUCCUGCACAUGGCAUCCGGCUGCUCGUGCCCAUUUUCGGAUUCCUGUCAUCGCUCUUGACGCUGCUCGGUAUAUCCCUCAUCAUGAAUCUACCCCUUCAAGUUUACGAUACGAACCCGCAACAUGAUAGAAACGGUUACCCCCCGCCCCUCGAGGACUAUUGCACCUUGUGGCAGUGGGUCAGCUUCUCCUGGGUUAAUCCCAUCAUCAACACUGCCUUGACACGACCACUCGAGGAGACGGACGUCUCGCAACUCAGCAAACUGUCCAAAUCCGAGGUUCUACUCAAAAACAUGCGUCGAGUCCAACAGCACGACGAGGACAAGUACCAAAACGCCAAACUGCAGGCAGAGGCAGCAAGCGCCAUUUCUUCGCCUUUAGAGAGUGAGAGAGCUGCUGCCGAAGCUGAAAAGAGGAAACCAAACAUCUUUCGCCAGAUCUUCUGGAUGAACUCGAGGGACUUGGCACUCGACUUUAUCCUCAGCAUCAUCUCUUACGUCUUGGCUUAUGCCAGUCCUUUCUUCCUCAGACAGAUUCUACAAGCUCUCCAAGGCGUCGCUCCGUCCCAAACGGUAGCUCGUUCAAAUUCUUUCUUUGCUGUGUCAUUCACUUCCGCGUCUUUCACUACGCCGCAUCAGCAAGCCACUCCAUGGUACACGAUUCCUCUGCCCCACGUUGCUACUCUCUAUGCAAUCCAUGCAGUUGACCCAGCUAAGAAGAGAGCCUUCCUCUUCGCCUUUCUCGCCCUCUUGGCCUCUGUCAUCAAGACACAGACCGAUCUUCAGCACCUUUACUAUAGCCGCCGCGCCAGCGUGCGUAUCAAGUCGGAGCUUACCCUGGCUAUCUAUGACAAAGCCUUGCGACGCAGAGACGUCUCCGGAUCCCUUCAGAGUGUUUCCUCCACCGACACUACUGAUCUCCCCGGAAAAUCUGAUAAAGGAAAGGAUCAGAAACAAAAGCAGGGCAAAGACGACGACGACCACAGGAGUGCAGCAAGCGUUGGAAAAGUGGUCAAUCUCAUGUCCACGGACACCAACACGAUCGCGUCCACCGUUACCGCACUCUAUAUGGGCUAUGCUGCUCCUAUGGAGCUAUCCAUCGCCACCGUCUUCUUGUACAAGCUUCUUGGCUGGUCCGCCUUUGUCGGUAUUGGGCCCGCCUUGAUAAUCAUGCCAACGCAGCAGUUCUUUACAAAGCUGUCCUUCAACAACAACAAAAAGAUCCUCAAAGCCAGAGACAAGCGCAUCAAUGUGCUCAACGAGCUUAUCACUUCCAUUCGAUUCAUCAAGUUCUUUGCAUGGGAACGAGGAUGGUCAGAGCGCGUCUUACAAGCAAGACGUGAAGAGAUGAAGUGGCUCUUCCGCGGCACAUGGAUCACAUCAGGCUUGAUGGCGUCCUUCGCAUUAACCCCCGUCCUCUUCACCAUCUCCGCCUUUGCCUCCUACACUGUGAUCGAAGGCAAGACGCUAGACGUUGCGACCGGUUUUACCGCCAUUGCGCUGUUCGGCAUGCUCAGGAACCCCUUGUCCGUUCUCCCCAUGAUCAUCAACAUGAUCUUCCAGGCAAAGGUCUCAUUGGAUCGUAUCAACUCUUUCCUGCAAGAGGACGAGGUGCCAGAAUGGGUCAUCAAGAAUUGCAGCGACCAGACGGCUGUACCGCUGAAUGAGGCCAACAGGGACCGCACCAUCGUGCUUAGACGCGCCACCCUUCGCUGGCAGGCGCCAAAACCCUCGGAUGAGAAAAAGGCGACACCGAAGCCCUCAAUAUGGGCACGCUUGAAAUUCUGGAAGAGAGAAGAGGUUCCAACCAUCUCGUCGCCAGGAGUAGAGGGAGAUCAUAUCUCCGAGGAACCGGCUCCAUUCCACCUGAUCGAUCUGGAUUUUCGACCUCCAGCUGGAAAGAUGACGCUGGUUUGCGGUCCUACCGGUUCUGGGAAAUCUUCGCUACUUUCCGCCAUCCUGGGCGAGAUGGAGUUGCUUGAGGGUACCGUCACCUUACCAAAGCGUCCGUUGCAGCUGUUGAGCGGCGGUGUAUCCUACUGCUCUCAGACUGCCUGGCUCGAAACGAUGAGCAUUCGAGACAACAUCAUCUUUGGUCAGUACUUUGAUCAAGAACGAUACGAUAAGGUGCUGGAAUGCUGCUGCCUGAAGCCUGAUCUCAAGACGUUCCCAGACGGUGAUGAGACCGAAAUCGGAGAGAAUGGAGUAUCACUUUCCGGCGGCCAGAAAGCACGAGUUGCACUGGCACGUGCGGUCUAUUCUCGCUCCCCCGUGCUGCUUCUCGACGAUGUGCUCGCCGCCGUGGACUCGCACACUGCUCGAAAGCUGGUCGAUGAUUGCCUGUGUGGCGACCUGGUUCGGGACAGAACUGUGGUCUUGGCCACGCACCACGUCGAAACGGUGCUGCCUUACGUAGCUCAUGUGACCAUGCUCGACGGAGGUCGAAUUCGGGCGAGCGGUUCUCCGGCUGAUCUAAAGGCGGAAGGUCUUCUCUCCAUGCUGGUAUCAGACUCGACCAACACAUCUGAUCCUAACGCCAAAGGAAAGCAGGCAGCAACAGACCUGCUCAUAGAGGACGCUGCCAAGGACGCUGCCGUCGAAGCACAGACGAAAGCUCAUGCAGAGGCGGCUGCCGAUGCUGAUCCGAAAUCUCCACAAGACACUACGGCGGCGGCAGCAGCACCUGGUACCAGAUCUGGAUCUGGCAAAGGCAAGCUCAUGACUGCAGAGAGCAAAUCGACGGGUCGCGUUAAGAGCGAAAUUUACACAGCAUACCUCUCGGCCUUCGGCUGGUUUCCGAUCGCUAUGGUCGUGUCGAGUAUUGCCGUGUCGCGCUCAUCUGAUGUGCUCGAAAAGUAUUGGCUCUCUUUCUGGGGAAAUGCAUACGAGCAUCCAGCGGAACAAGGCAGGCUCGAUUGGUUCCCGAAUCCCAGCGUCAAUGCGGCACCGUACCUAUUGGUGUACACGGGUAUCUUGCUUACUUGGCUCGUGUUCGGAAACAUGUCGAUGCUCAUCAGCGGUCGUUGGGGCGUCGUCGCUGGAAACAAGCUCUUUACCAGGAUGUUGCACACUGUGGUGCGAUCUCCAACCCGUUUCUUCGACCAGACCCCCACUGGUCGCAUUUUGAAUCGUUUCACCAAGGAUAUCGAGACAGUCGACAACACGCUCUCUGGCAACAUUCGAAUGCUCGUCUUGUUCACAACAGCCUCACUGCUGGCUAUCGCCAGCAUGGUGGUCACUGUGCCGUCAUUUGUGCCAUUCUUGGUUCUGCUCACGUAUGCUUACUAUCGGACGGCAGCCUCGUACAUUGCAGCAGCUCGGGACCUGCGGAGACUCGAAUCGGUCACAAACUCGCCCAUCUUCCAGUCCUUCUCCGAGGUGCUCAACGGUGUCGGAACCGUCCGAGCUUACGGGGCACAGGAACGCUUCCUGCAGACUCUCCACCAUCGUCUAGACGCUGCGCAGAGCUGUAACAAUCUAUAUUGGAUGGCCAACCGCUGGCUGCUCCUUCGCUUCGACCUGAUGGGUGCCUUCACCGUUUUUGGCGCCUCGGUUCUUGCGCUUGCUGGCGGCAUUGAGGCAGGCUGGGCUGGUAUCGCCAUCACGAAUGCCCAAAUGUUCACGUUGGCCCAAUACUGGUUGUGCCGUGUCUGGUCAGGAUUCGAGAUGGAUCUCAACUCAGUCGAGAGGAUAUGCGAGUACUUUAACCUCUCGCAAGAGGCACCAGCGGUUGUCGAUGGACAUCGUCCACCUCCCAGUUGGCCGUCCAAGGUCAACAGCCGCGGGAUCCAGGUGAAAAAUCUUGUUCUCAAGUACGCCCAGAAUCUCGAUCCAGUACUUCGAGGCGUCGACUUUGAAAUUGGCGCUGGCGAGAAGGUCGGUCUCGUGGGCAGGACCGGCUCGGGCAAAAGCACACUCGCCCUCGCUUUCUUCCGCUUUGUCGAGUUUCAUGAGGGCUCGAUCGUUAUUGACGGCGUUGACAUCAGCCAUAUUGGUCUGGAGGAUCUUCGAAGCCGACUCACUAUCAUUCCGCAAGACCCUGUGCUAUUCAGCGGGACGAUCCGCGAGAAUCUCGAUCCUUUCAACGAGCGAACCGACGAGGAAUGCAUCUUGGCGUUGCGAAGGGUUAAUCUCAAGACAAGUCCAGUUCACACUGCUGCGCCCAGUGCCAUUCCAAGCCGAGCUGCCUCGAUUCACGAAAAUGGUACGGAGAAUAACGCGUCGUCGUCAUCGUCAACUGCUGUCAACUCGGUGUUACCCGUCGAGCAUGGAACAGGCACCACGGUCUUCACGCUCGACUUAAACGUAUCGGAAGGUGGGAGCAAUUUUUCACAAGGUCAGCGACAGCUCAUCUCGAUGGCCAGGGCGUUGCUUCGAUCUACUUCAAUCAUCUUUAUGGACGAAGCCACGGCUUCUGUCGACUUUGAAACCGAUGCGCAGAUUCAAAAGACAUUGCGAUCGCCUUUGGAUGCCGACGCAAACCACAAGACUACCAUUAUUACAAUUGCACACCGACUCAAGACGAUCAUUGAUUACGACAGGAUCCUGGUGAUGGACAAAGGUCGCAUCGCGGAGAAUGGCUCGCCAGCUGCACUGCUAGAGCGCAAGGGCAUCUUUUACGAGAUGUGUCGAAAGACGGGAGAGUACGAAGAGCUCGAGUUACUCGCACGCAACGCUGCGAGCAGCUGA